CGGCAUCUUAUGGCAGGAACGUAAAAAAGAUGCUGAGUCGAAGAGAUAUCAUAGCAGUUGAUAUAAGUAAAGCCUGCAUGGAUGUCAUGCAAACAAAAGUUCGAUUCUCGCUACGUCUUCAAUCAAACUUGAUGAUUGGAAUUUUGAGAGUUUAUAAGGAACAAGUGACAUACUUCUGUGAUGACAUGAAACAUGCGUGGAGAGACUUAAGAGCGACAUUCGAUGUAGAUCUGAGGCUGAUUGACCUCCGUACGCCUGCGUUGAGCCUAGAAGCUUGCACAUUACCAGAUCCAGUGGGUGCGCAAAUGUUUGAUCCGUUUGAUUUUCUUGAAGAUAUAUUCUUAAAAUCUCCAUCGGAGAUUUUCCCUUCGGAUGAUCUAGAGGAGUUUAUUUAUAUUGAGCAUCCGUCUUCCCCCGUUAUCUCACCGGUGCAAGUGCCGCCAGGACCACAUCAAGCCGAGAGAGAUAAAAUAACCAUGAUUGAGACUGAUGAUCACCUAAGUCAAGUUGUGGUUCCCGAUGACGAUUUAAUAGCCUAUCCUCCAGACGGUGAAGACCAAGAAGACCAAGACGCGGAUUUCCGCCUGCCUGAUGGUGAAGUUGGCCCGACAUCUCUAGCCGCAGAGGUUGGCCUAACAUCACCUUCUCAACAUGUUGUUCAGAUUGUCGAUGAAUCCACCGGACUUCUUACAUCUGCUGAUAGGGAAAGCGAAACAGGAGAGGAAAGACCUUUCCCUGAAGAUCUGGUCACACCAAUCACCCAGCUAGGCGCCCCCAUCUUGGACCGACAACGAAGAAAAAGAGGACAGCCGCUUGAUAAAAUCCCAACACUCAGCGAUGCAAAAUUGAAAAGGAAUAAAAUGAAUGUUAGGGACACUCUAAGAGAUCAGGUCAUUGAUCUACCAUUGCGAAUAUCAGUCCAAGAACUUUUUAACAAUCCAUGCAGACAAGAGCUUCGAAAUCCACCCUUCUUUCGAUAUUGGCGAGAAAAUGCUACCACAAGUUCAUUGGCUGACAGUGACAUACCGUCCAUAUUUGAAUUCGAACACCGCGUUGACGUUCUGCGAACUGAGGCUGGUCGUGAUCAAACGGGAAGUGAAAUGGAUUAUUCCAAAACUAUAAGUGAAAUACCUUCAAUUGCUGAUACACCAAGUCAUUCGUUAAUUGGUCAUGAAAAAUCUAUUGAUGUUUCAAGACCUGAUUCGUUAGACCACAUUCCUGGAAUUACACCUGACAAGCCGUCUUCCAUGGACACGAUUCAAGAAGUCGAAACAGAAAAUCUGCCGGAUAUAUCCGAAGGGAUGGAAGACAUUGUAGACAUUUUAGAUGGACCCGGCGAGGACACGUUUGAAAAUCUAAUACGAAGAUUGGUGGAUAUGGGUGAUGAUGUGCAGAGUUUGUCACAAUUUUUUUCUCUUACUGGAUCACAAAGAACAACAGUCGCCAAAGUAUUUUUUCAAUUUUUAGAAUGGCAUAGACAAGGAAGCAUUGUUCUCUCACAACCUGGUGGUGCGUUUCAAGAAAUCUCUUUUAGAGUUUCAGAAAACUUUUAAUCUAUGUAAUUGGUAUACGAAAGCAUGCAUGUAAUUGUUCCCAGGAUACAUUUGAUAUAAUAAUAAUACUUAUGUCGUUCUAUCUUCGCUCUAUAGUAGGUGCAGAUGCACGUUGGAAAUAUUUUUAUAACAUCAGUUUUUGGUUCACUGUGGCCCGUCCUUGUUGAGUUUUGUACUUGU